AUGGCGAAUAGUCUCCAAGCCCAGAUCCCCGUCAUCGACAUCAGCCAUGACAACGUCGAGGCCCCUCGCCAGCUCCUCGACGCCGCGACCAAGUUCGGCUUCAUCUACAUCGCCAACGACAAGGGCGCGAUCGACCCCGGAUUGAUCGCGGCGAUGUUCGCCCUCAGCCGGGAGUUCUUCGCGUCGCCCGUGGACGUCAAGGAGAGCGUGUCCAUCCGCUCGAACCAAGCCGGGAAGAACCACGGCUGGCUCAGCCAAGGCGUGGAGAAACUCGACCCGGCAGGACAGAAGCAACCGGACGUCAAAGAGUGA